AUGUCGCUCUUUGGCAACUUUGACGUCGCCAAGCUGGCAUCACAGCUGGGCAACUUCAAGAUCCCCGACGACCCAGAGAUCAUCAACCAAGGCCACCAGGACUACGGGUACAGCAACUACGGUUCCCACAGCCAAGGCUACGAUAGCAGACCACCCGCGGGAUACGCCGGUGGUCCGCAGAAUGGCGCCGAGGAGUACAAGCGCGAGCACCCCGCCGCCUUCGGCUCCAGUGACCCCACGCGCUCCGCCUACUCCGACCCCGUCUCCGAGGGAAGUGCCAUGUCGUCCGUCGCCGCUGGCGUAGCUGCCAGCGCCGCCGCGGGUGCUUACGGUACCGCGCCGCAGUAUCCCACUCCACAUCCCGGUAGGUAUGGUGAUUCCACAUCAUCUAGCCCAUAUCCUCAGCAGCAGCAACAACAGCAAAGCUUUGGACGACCUCCUUCACCGGGCUAUGGAAGGCCCCCUUCUCCUGGUUACGGCAGGCCCCCUUCACCUGGCUACGGAAGACCGCCUUCGCCGCGACUGCCAGAGGGAUGGGUCAAGCGGUUUGAUGACAACAGCAGAAGAUGGUACUACGUCAAUCAAGCAACUGGCUCUUCUCAGUGGGAGGCUCCUCCGCCACCGUCGGCCAUGUCUCCCCCGCCAAUGUCGCCGCCAGGCCAUGGAGUGUAUGGGGAAUCAUCUCGAUAUGGCGGACACUCGCCACAGCCGGGAUACUCGCCUCAACCUGGCUAUGGAGGACAUUCACCACAGCCCGGACACGGAGGCCCACCGCCUCAGCCGGGAUAUGGCGGACCCUCUCCACAACCUGGGUACGGAGGCCAUUCUCCACAGCCCGGAUACGGAGCCUAUGCGGGCGGUGCCGCUGCGGCAGCUGCGGGAGCCGGGGCUGGGUACUAUGCAGGACAGCAAUACGGACAGAGCCAGCCCCAUGGGGGGUACGAGCAGCCUCAACAGUACGGCCAACAGCCACCACAGCAGUACGGCCAGCCCUACGGACAGCAGCCUCAACAGCAGUAUGGACAGCAGUAUGAACAGGGAUACGGCAGCGAAGAGAAGAAGAAAAAGAAGAAGAGCGGGAACAGCAACAUGUUCCUCGGCGUGGCGGGUGGCCUCGCGGUGGGUGCGCUAGGAGGCGCGCUUAUCGCCAAUGUUUUAGAUUCCGAUUCAGACUCUGAUCAUCACGAGCACCACUACGAGCGUCGUUCUUCGUCUGGGUCCUCGGACCAUUAUCGCGGUCGUGAUGAUAGCGAUCGGGGGUCUGAUAGGGGGGAUUAUGAGGAGGGCGGCGACUACUAUGAUGAUUAG